UUUUCAUGGACGAUAUUUUAAGGGAAAAUUAAAGCAAAAAAAAGGAAAAAAAAGCUUGAUUUUCCAUUUUCGAUCCAGAGAGAGAGAGAGAGAGCUCUGGUUAGGGCUAGCCGGUUCUUCUGCAAACUCUCGCUCGAAGAUGCUGCAGUUUCUGUUUGGGCUAGCCCUUGCCUCUUUGAUAGCAAUUGCCUUAUUUUCUGGUUUUAAAAAGAAGAGUCCCCGGCAAAAUCCUGCGGUUUUCCGGCCAGGUGUCCGGGAAACUGAGAAUGGUAGUUUUCAGGCGAAGGAUUCAAGCACAGAUGUGAUCAUUGUUGGUGCAGGUGUUGCAGGCUCGGCUCUUGCGUAUACUCUUGGAAAGGAUGGACGUCGGGUUCAGGUGAUUGAGAGGGACUUGACAGAGCCUGAUAGGAUUGUUGGAGAAUUAUUGCAGCCUGGUGGCUACCUGAAAUUGGUUGAGCUGGGCCUUGAUGACUGUGUUCAUGAAAUAGAUGCUCAAAGAGUGCUGGGUUACGCACUUUUCAAGGAGGGCAAGAACACCAAAGUUUCAUAUCCCUUGGAAAAUUAUAAUUCAGAUGUAGCUGGAAGGAGCUUUCAUAAUGGGCGCUUCAUUCAAAGGAUGCGGGAAAAAGCUGCUUCUCUUCCUCAGGUCCAAUUGGAGCAAGGAACUGUGACUUCAUUGAUUGAAGAAAAGGGAACUGUCAAGGGUGUGAGAUAUAAGUCAAAUGGUGAAGAACAUGAGGCCUAUGCCCCUCUCACAAUUGUAUGUGAUGGUUGCUUUUCGAACUUGCGGCGUUCUCUCUGCACCCCUAAGGUCGAAGUGCCAUCUUGCUUUGUUGGCUUGGUUCUGGAUCUGGAGAAUUGCCAUCUCCCAUAUCCAAACCAUGGGCAUGUUGUCUUAGCGGAUCCUUCACCCAUACUAUUCUAUCCCAUAAGCAGCACUGAGAUCCGCUGCUUAGUUGAUGUACCUGGCCAGAAAGUACCUUCUAUUGCUAAUGGAGAAAUGGCCAACUAUUUGAAGACUGUGGUGGCCCCUCAGAUUCCAGAACAACUAAGAGAAUCAUUUUUAAUGGCUAUUGAGAAAGGAAGCAUAAGAACAAUGCCAAACAAGAGCAUGCCUGCUUCUCCAUACCCUACUCCUGGCGCUCUGCUUAUGGGUGAUGCAUUCAACAUGCGCCAUCCUCUAACUGGUGGUGGCAUGACUGUUGCAUUAUCUGAUAUUGUUGUUCUCCAUAACCUUCUUAAACCUCUCCGUGACCUUCAUGAUGCCCCUGCACUUUGCAAAUAUCUGGAGUCCUUUUAUACCUUGCGCAAGCCAGUUGCCUCUACUAUAAAUACAUUGGCAGGUGCUUUGUACAAAGUCUUUUGUGCAUCUCCUGAUCAAGCGAUGAAAGAAAUGCGUCAGGCCUGCUUCGACUAUCUAAGUCUUGGAGGUGUCUUCUCAACUGGACCUGUGGCCUUACUAUCUGGCCUUAACCCACGACCUCUAAGCUUGGUUCUCCAUUUCUUUGCGGUUGCUGUAUAUGGUGUCGGGCGUCUAUUGUUGCCUUUCCCUUCUCCCAAGCGCUUAUGGCUUGGAGCUAGAUUGCUUUCGGGGGCAUUAAAUAUCAUUUUUCCAAUUAUUAAAGCUGAAGGGAUCAGGCAAAUGUUCUUUCCCAACACUGUGCCUGCUUAUUACAGGGCACCUCCAAGUUAAGUGAGCAGUAUGACAGGCCAAGUGUUCAUCACAAAACUUGGAGCUGUAGAUGGAUUCACCUGUACUCAUUGCCUAAAACCAAAUCACCACCCUGAGACAUGAAACUGGGGAUCACAUGGUGAAAUGUUGAUGGAGGAGCUUACCAAAACAGCGCCCUUUCCACCAGAAGCUCUGAAUUUCUCAGCAAUGCGAAGAGCAACAUUCACAUAUGAUGCAAUUUACUGGUGCACUAUAUAUUAUCACGACAAAAAAGAUCUCUCUAGAACUAGUUUUCUCUCACUAGAAAUAGGGUCUACUUUUUUUGUGUUUUUUUUUUGGGAAUUAUAGCCGAUGGAUCUAGAUUAACGCCAAAACUAUGUAAGUGGAAAGCAGUAUAUUUGGGCAUACUAGGGUCUUGAUUGGUAUUGCAGGAAAUUUCGUAACCCUGCAAUAAAAAAGAAGCAACAAAGCAUAAAAU